CCCAGACAUGCGUUGCUUCUCUCAGACCUGUUGCUCUAUGCUCGCCGCCAUGCUCGCUAUUAUCUGGUUUGGCGGGUUGAAGUGCCAGGCCGUAAAGUUCUCAGACGACAACCGAGAGGCGUGGUUCGAGUACAUGGAGACUCGGUUUCGGGAUGAACAUGUCCCUGUGAGUCGAAUGGUGUCGUACGCUAUUGAGAAGGGGCUGGCAGAUAUACCAGAACUGCAAGGCGUGAUGGAAAAGCGUGUGGCUGCACUUGAGCAGGUAGUCAGCGACGGAGAUGAGUUGCAUUCCGGUGGCGUUACCUGGGAAUGGUUCAAGGAUGAGACUACGCGUCUUUCUGAAAUCUCCAAGAUUUUUCGGGAGCUCAUGUCUUCACACACGGGAGAUGAUGAAGCGUUGUCUGGCACAUAUAUCCCGUAUGACGAUGACAUGGACUACCAGUCCGCAGACCCAGUGGAUGGUCACGUUGAUACCUCCACUACCAAGUCCCACUCUCGAUCUCUCAACAAACACAACCCAACCGACACUGCAACCCUCCCCACGCUCGAUGACAUCCGUCGCUCUCUCUCUGCUGGGACCGAGAGCGGAUCAGCUCGAAUUACGGAGAUGUUCCGGUCAAUGAAAGACAAGGUCCUAGACCAGGUUGAUGGGCUCCCAGACGCGGUUCGUGGUGCCAUCGCUCAAUGGGAUCAGUAUAGGGCGGAGCAUCCACACGUAGUAGUUGCGGGGGCCAUUUUGACAGUAAUUGGAGCUGUUAUCCUCCUAUACGGUCCCAAUGAGCUCGCGUUGUACUUCCUCCGUAUGCUGGGAUUCUCAGAAUUGGGCCCUAUCGCAGGUUCGUGGGCCGCGCGCAUCCAAUCUAACUUCUACGGUCCCUCCACUCGCGGAAUCUUCUCCCUCAUCCAAUCUAUCACAAUGAAGGCCAAGUCUGUGUCCCAACCUGUGGCCAACUUGCUCGGUCUCUCAGAACUCGCGGCCAGCAUCCAAGGGGCUCUUAUGAUAAUAUUUAGAGCUGGUAGUCUAACACUUGGCCAUGCCAUCGGUUCUUUUCUGCGGAUGCUGGGGUUCUCCGACUUGGGCCCUGACGCAGGAUCGUGGGCUGCGUCCUUUCAAUCCACAUUUUACGGGCCCUACACAAGCGGCCUCUUCUCCGCUAUCCAGUCUAGCACCAUGUCUGCCAAAUCCGCGUGGCCCGACAUCGGUAUCUCCAAACUCGCGGCCAGCACCGCCGACUUCUCUCGUAACACCAUAUCCAGCCUUGUUCACCAGUGGAAAGCGUCCGACGUACAUGGAACUGUGCCCUUACCCGACAUGUCAGUACUGGUCGACGGUGGUGUGGCGAGUAAGGAGCUCUUGAAAACCUGGAUGAUGAACGGCAGGGGUUAGGUACCGCGGGCGGGGGUUCCUGAGGUUCAACGACACGCUGUGUUUCAGUGGAUGCAUAGGGAGAUUGAAGGUCAUGCGUAGGCAUAAGUGCAGUAUUCAAUGCUGUAAGAUUGUGUUUCUCAUGAGUCCGUCAUGCAUGUUGGCGGCCGUCCGCUUUGAUCACCUCUGUACCAUGGGUGUCACCGUAUAGGACAGUGUUGUUCGCCAUCACUUUCUUGAUUUCAUCC